AUGCCUUCCUUUGAGAAUGAAUGGUCAAUCAUGCGUGGAGUUUUGCAGCGUUGCAGUUGGCAUGAACGAUUAAGGCAGUUCGGUUUUUGGGAUUCAUCCUAUAGAUGGGGAAGGCGCGACCGGAAUGAGGAGCAUGAUGAUUACGGCGGCCGUAAAGUGUCGGGUGAGGUGGCGAAUGAAUUGAUACGCUCAAGGCCGCUGCGAAAGAAAAGGGAGAAGAGAUCGAUUCUUGAAGAAGUUUGGUUCAGUAUGGUGAACCGCCUUUCCGUGCUCCUUUCGAAUUGGGUUCGGGUUCGCUGGCGCAUCAUCAACGGAAGUACCCAAUGCGUGAGCUUCUGCCCGAUCAAGUUGGCCGUGGAAGCAUUACGCACAAUGGCCCGAGUGAUCGAUUCGGGUCGAAUCCCAGAAUCGAACACGGCUGAAUGGAUCGAAAUGACUUAUAGCGCCGGAGAGAAACAGCAGCACCGCUCACAAACAAGUAGUUGUCUAAAUCGGGAAGACUGGUUUCAUCGAACCGGCUCGGUAUCUGCCUCCUUGGCGAUACGCAGAUCGAGUGCAACACCCGGGUACACGCAUUCAUCUGAUAGGAAGGACCCCAAGUCCAAAUCAACGCCUCUGAAUUUGUUCCGUCGAAACUUGUACGGAGGAAAUUCCCUGUACCCACAAUCACACGCGCACGGAUUCUAUGCCGAGCGUUAUCCAGACAUCAAGUUCACGUCAACUAUGGAUUACUAA